CCCAUGGAGCGGGUGAGCGAGGCCGCCGCCUGCGGCCCCUCGUCGGGCUGCUACACGUACCAGGUGAGCCGGCACAGCGCCGACAUGCUGCACAGCCUCAACCAGCAGCGCAAGAACGGCGGCCGCUUCUGCGACGUGCUCCUGCGUGUGGGCGACGAGAGCUUCCCGGCGCACCGGGCGGUGCUGGCAGCAUGCAGCGAGUACUUCGAGUCGGUGUUCAGCGCUCAGCCGGGCGACGGAGCGGCCGGCGGUGGAGAAGGGGGCUCGGCGGAGGCGGCGGCGGCCGGCGGAGCUUCGGCGGCAGGCGGCGGGUCCCCCGGGGGGGGGCGGGAGCUGGAGAUGCACACCAUCAGCUCCAAGGUGUUCGGGGACAUCCUGGACUUCGCCUAUACCUCGCGCAUCGUGGUGCGGCUGGAGAGCUUCCCGGAGCUCAUGACGGCCGCCAAGUUCCUGCUGAUGCGCUCUGUCAUCGACAUCUGCCAGGAGGUCAUCAAGCAGUCCAACGUGCAGAUCCUCGUGCCCCCCACGCGCCCCGACAUCAUGCUGUUCCGCCCGGGGGCCGCUGACCUCGGCUUCCCUCUCGACAUGACCAACGGUGCCACGUUGGCGCCCAAUGGCAAUGGCAUUGCAGGCAUGCCCGAAGACGAGGCCACGCGGGCUGCGCUCACCGCGGCACAGUCCUCCCUGCCUGUGCUGCAGGGUGUGGACCGCCUGCCCAUGGUGGCAGGACCCCUCUCCCCGCCGCUGCUGGCCUCACCCUUCCAGAAUGUUGCUGCUAGUGCCCCCACCUUAGGUACCAAGCGGGGCAGAGGCCGUCCCCGUAAAGCCAACCUCUUGGACUCCAUGAUGUUCGGGGCCCCGGGUGGACUGCGGGAGGCUGGCAUCCUGCCAUGUGGCCUCUGCGGAAAGGUUUUCACUGAUGCCAAUCGGCUUCGUCAGCACGAGGCUCAGCAUGGGGUGACGAGCUUGCAGCUGGGUUACAUAGACAUCCCACCCCCCAGACUGGGUGAAAAUGGCAUCCCUGGCCAGGACGACCCCGAUGCGCCCAGAAAAAGAAGCAGGACAAGGAAACAGGUGGCAUGUGACAUCUGUGGCAAGAUCUUUCGGGACGUGUACCACCUGAAUCGGCACAAGCUGUCGCACUCUGGUGAGAAGCCUUACUCUUGUCCAGUGUGCGGGUUACGGUUCAAGCGGAAAGACAGGAUGUCCUAUCAUGUUCGAUCCCACGAUGGCUCAGUGGGAAAGCCCUACAUCUGCCAGAGCUGCGGGAAAGGCUUUUCCAGGCCAGACCACUUGAAUGGACACAUCAAACAGGUGCAUACCUCAGAGAGACCUCACAAGUGUCAGCAGGAAAAUGGCAGCCACCAUGGAAUAAGCUCAGAGACAUCCACAGCCAUAGAAAAGUUGAAACUUCAAGAGGGGACUCUGGUUGUACAACUUAAACCUGCAUUAUUUUACAUGAAGACUUGUAAUGCUUCCUUUGCCACGCGUGAUCGACUGCGCUCACACCUAGCGUGUCAUGAAGACAAAGUUCCGUGCCAGGUGUGUGGGAAGUACUUGCGGGCAGCAUAUAUGGCAGAUCAUUUGAAGAAACACAGUGAAGGACCAAGCAAUUUCUGCACUAUCUGCAACCGAGGUUUCUCCUCUGCCUCCUACUUAAAGGUCCAUGUUAAAACCCACCACGGUGUUCCCCUUCCCCAGGUCUCCAGGCACCAGGAGUCCAUCCCGAAUGGGGGAGCAGCAUUCCACUGCGUCAGAACCUAUGGCAUCAAAGAAGGACAGAAAUGUUCACAUUCGGACCCGAUUGAAAGUUCCGAUUCAUAUGGAGAUCUCUCUGACACCAGUGACCUCAAGACUCCUGAGAAACAGAGCACCAAUGGGUCCUUCUCGUGUGACAUGGCAGUCAGCAAAAACAAAAUGGAGACGGAGGCAGAGAAGAAGUACCCUUGCCCUGAAUGCGGCAGCUUUUUCAGAUCGAAGUCUUAUCUGAACAAACACAUACAGAAAGUUCACGUCAGGGCCCUUGGUGGCCCGUUGGGGGACCUUGGUCCUGCUCUGGGAUCCCCCUUUUCACCCCAACAGAACAUGUCUCUUCUGGAGUCAUUUGGGUUUCAGAUCGUCCAGUCAGCAUUUGCAUCAUCCCUUGUGGAUCCAGAGGUCGACCAGCAACCGAUGGGGCCAGAGGGAAAAUGAGAUCAGUCUGACCUUAAAGCAAAGCAGCAGUCUGGCUAUAAUGAUAAGAUGCUGUGAAUGAAAGAGGAAAUAAUGAAAUUUGGUUCUAUAGCUGCAAUUUUUUUUUAAAUUCAUUUUAGCUUCCCUCUUUGUCUCAUGCCCUACCCCACCUUUAAACCUUCACUAGGGAGAGGGAAAAAAUGCUUCUUAGCUGAUGAUUUACAGAAGAUGGUGACCUUGGUUAGGAGACGUGAUUUAAAACACCAAGUGGAGCUAUAAAAGUUGCAGCCAGUGUUUCAUCAUGAUCUUCUAGAAUAAAAAACGAGCGCUGAUCUGAGAAUUAGAGACAGUCAUAGUAACCAAGGCACGUGGGAGCUACAGCUACAAGGAGCUGUAUUCUGUUUUCUCUCUUCUUCCUAUCUUCCCUAACCCACCCCAGGAAAACACAGUAAGUUUUGAAAACAGACCCAUUAUUGACUGAACAUAACGUUAAGAAAAAUGUCCCAUGGUACCUAGCAGAUUACAAUGCAGUUGUCCUUUUAAAAACAAACAAGAAGAAAAUAAAGAAGGUGAGAGAAUUUGAACCCCUUCUACCAUUUGUGAGGCUGUGAGUGCUGCAGCAGGACAUAACUGCUGAGUAAAAUCACCAUUCAGAACAGGUUGUUUUUGUUAUUUUUAACCAUUAAACUUGCUGUCGGAUUUUUAAUUCUCUAUUAUUAUUAUUUUAGGACCUGUUGUAGUGAAUUGCUACUGAAAAGCCAGUCUAAGGCGAGACACAGAGCACUCUUAAAGCAGCAGUCACAUUAGGGUUAGUAUUCUUUUUUUUUUUUUUUUUAGGUGUACCAUAAUUAAUAACUUGGCUAGUUGGUUGUUUUUAAGUCUAUGAAAGAAAUAGUUUUAUGGGGGAAAAAAAAUGGAAAAAAUACCAUUGCAGUCUGGUUGACUGGUGCUCAUUUUUCAUGUGGGACCUGGUGCCGGUACAAACGCAAUCAGCUAUCGGGUUAACACGAUGUACCACUGACUUGUUUAGUGUGAAUAAACCCAGGGGUUCACAGAGUGGUUUUGAUUUAAUUGGAUUGGACUCUAUUAAAGAAGUUAGUAUGUUACUUUACAUCCCCUUGUUUGGUCUGGUUUUUGAACAAUUUAGCCACCUGUCCAAAAGGUGUGCGAAUGAGAACCAGUAAAUAUGGUGUUAAUCCCUCUCCAUUGUACUGCACUCUCAGUGACCUGGGCUUUUUGGCUACAGUCUUGCUUUCCUGAUCUACCUUCAGUCAGGUUUGCAAAAGCCAGGCUUGUUCAUUUAUUUGCCAAGAAAGGUUUCUAUUAUAAGAGAAUGUGAACAGUAGAUCUCUGAAAAAGAAUUGAUUACAGAAGGCGAAGAAGCAGGGUUUCUAGGCUGUUUGAGGUUCUGUUUAAUCUGAAUAUGCCACUUGAGCAGAAAUAGUGUCCUUUCUUGGUCCUCCCUCUUCCCGUGUAAUUUUUUCAAGUUCUUUAUGUAGCAAAUCCAGAUAUAAAUGUUAUGUAAUCAACUAAACACAGGGUUAUGAGCUAGGAAUACUCCUGAGUUCUAAUCAUGGUUCUGCUAUUGAUGGUCAAAGUUGCAUAGACAACGGCAUAAUCAUUGAAUUAAUUUCUUGAUUUCCUGUAUGUGAGAAGUUUUUUCUACAUCACCUAAUUGCUGUGAGGGGUAAUGAGCAGAGGUUUAAGGAGUGAUUUGGCAAAUCAAGCUCCUAUGUAUGCACUGAAUGUUUCUAGAAAGGCCACUUUGAAGAGCCCAAGUUCCACACCAAACUUGCACUCUGUGAAAUAAUGGUUGUCCCCAUCAUGAAUACAGUGCUGGUUCAGGAUAGACCACCGCAGUCCAGGAUCUACAUCCUCUCUAGGAGGUGUGUUUAUAUGAAAUAAGAAGGUAGCCACAAAGGGCUCUGGUGGCACUCUGCAUUGUCCAAGUGCUCCCAGUCCAAACUGAGCAGCUAAAACAAGACCUUGUGGGAUACAGUCCUAUUUUGGUUUUGUGUUUGAAGUGGAGCCCUUUGUAAGGUUAAAGGUUUUAGGAUGCCAUUCUAAACUCUACUGAUUUAGAAUCAGCAGCUUCUCUCUUAUAGGAAGCUCCUUUUUUAAGCUUGCUCUUGAGUAUUUUAAACUGAGGUUGAAUAAUCAAAGACUUUCUCCUAAUAGAACCAGUGCUUUCUAAAUUUGCAUAUUUCAUGCAAAUAUGGACUUGACAUUUUGCUAUUAAUCUGAGUUGGAAGACUGAAUGACACGCUCUUCUCCAGUCAUCUUCCUCCAGAAUCCCUGGAACAGGUGUGAGUCUCAUCUAAAAGGGAAAGAAAAACAAAAAACCAGCAAAAACCCCUUUAAACUAAGGUGUACUGAUGAGCUUAUUUGACAAGUAGAAACAGGACAUUUCUAGAAGGUAACAAAAUCUGGAUUAUGUUGAGACAACCCUGUAAGCUGCCAAGCAAUUCAAGAUAGAGCAGGCUUUCCACUCAGCAUAACAAUUCCUUGGAAUUAACAAAUGUAAGUGCAGUCAUGCUGACUUGCAGGUAGCCAGUGUUCAGUAAUGAGCAGUGAGCUGUGAGGAAGAUUUCUGUAGAACUGAGGCUGUGCUCUGAAAGAUGCGCGCAGUUUGUGUCCUCAGUGUUCCCAGCACUUGGAGAACACGGGGUAGUCAUAAAAUCCAUUUCCAGAAUACAGGUUAUUUUUACUCUAGUUUUAGUUCCACUGACUUUACUGUUAUUGGUGAGUUGAAUUUUGGCACCACACGCGUUGGAAUUUCAUUCUGAAAGCUACAAAUUUUGGCCUGAUGAAACUAAUGAAAAGCCUUCAGCUACAAAGGAAACCGCCUAAAACACCGUGCGUUUUGCUCGUCAAAGCAAAUGCUUACUAAGUUGUCAGGAGUGAAUUGAAUGAAAGCUAUUUAAUUCUCAGUCUAGUGAACAAGGAAGCAAUUAGGCAGUAACAAUCCUGAAAUGACAAUUCUAGUGUAAAUGGGAAAGAUUUUCACCAACGUGCAGAUUAGUGCCAACAAGUACUAACAUCUUCAGCAGAAAUGGAUUUUCAGAGCUCUCUCCUGUUUUGGAGGCAUAUUAUUCAGUUCUAAAUAGGAAUUUAUGUGCAAAUUCUACACUUUGGGGAGUGUCUGCUGCUUAUAGAUCAUAAAAGAGAUCCAAACAGAAACUCAGCUUCAUCAGUUCAGGGUUCAAAGGGAAAUACUUAAAUUGCUUCAAGCUGCAACCUCACUGAGGUUGUUUCUAUUACAUUUUUAACAUGUCAGUGUAUAGAUGCUAACUAUCUUUUUUGUUAUUUGCUAGGACUGCAGUCCAAUGUUGAAGUCAGUGCACUGCUCUGCAAAGGAACUUCAGUUAAUACAAAUUCUGAUAAUCAGAUUAGUUGUACUUCUUUGUAUUAUGGGAGUCCUUAAACCCCUCAACUGUGGUUCAGACCCUUCUGUAUUAGGUAUGAAAAUAUCUUCAACCUUUAUAAUCUAGAUAUUAAUGAUAGACAAGGCAGGAAUAGAUGUGAGCAUUUCAUAAGUGAAUGAAUGAAACAGAGUUGAAACUCUUAACUGCAUGCUUAAAUGUUGUGUUGAACGCAGGGGCUCAGACUUAUCACUAGGCUUUUCUUUUUGCCUAAAGUAAGUUAUGUCCACCACAAGUGCCAGGUUUAUAUAUAUAUUAUAUAUAUAUAAUGUAUUAUAUGUAUCAAUAUAUAUUAUGUAUCAAUAUAUUAUAUAUUGAUAUAUAAUAUAUUUAUAUAUAAUAUGAGUUUAUUCAAUACCGAAUUACAUGAAGUCAUGUCACCUUGCAUUUGCCACAUGCUAGGUGUCUGCAAACUGACUGGUGUGACUUAUCUGAUGCAUGGCAAUAUGACGGCAUGGGAGCUCUCAAUCUUAAGUGAUUUGCCCAUGAUAAUGUGGGAAAUUAAUAGCAGAACCAGAAACUGAACUCAGAUUUUCCUUCUCUCAAUCCAGUGCCUUAACUAUCAUAGCUCAAAGUAUUAUGGGGAGAGGGUCUUUUUUUGUUUGUUUUGGUUUUUUAAACCUAGAACUGUAAGAUGGUGAGGAGUUGAUCUUCAUUCCUAUCUUCUGAAUAAUUGCAAAUGCCCAGUCAUUGUUUUAGACCCAUUUGAGUGCCAGUGACUAAGGGAAUGUUUGUUAUUUCCCAAGUAUUCUCUGAAAUUAUUGUUUCUCCCUUACCUGCUAUCAGCAGUAAGGAAUGACUUGACUUGAAUAGAAAAGCUGUGUAACUGAAUGUCUACCUAACUCAACUAAUGGAAUUGAUAGUAUGAAAUCUAACCUAGAUUUUGUAGGCUCUGUUGUAGCUUUAGUGUCUUGUUUUUGUUUUGUUUUGUUUUCCCGAAAUCUUUGUUCCUAGAAUUCAAUAUUUGAAUUUUUGUCCUGAGUCUGGAGUGGGGCCCCACUUCCAGCUUAAUUUUUUUUAAGGUGCUUGCUUGAGGAAGUAGAUGCCAAAGUAAAUUUCAAAGGAACUCCAGACUUCAGUGUUGGGAGAACAGAUGGAAAGCGAGAGCUUUCUGUGGGUUUCAUGAGAGAUGAAUGGACAAAGCAAAACACAACUAUCAAAAUUUUAUGUAAUGAAACAGGAAAGGCUUUUCUGUAUCAUCCACAUAAAGAGAAAUAUUUGUGAUGGUUCAGGGUGGCAGAAACUCUGAGAGCAAGUGCCAAACAAAACCAUGGAACACAUUGGCUUUUUCAGCAUUAUGAAUAUAUCUUAACAGCAUUAUGAAUAUCUUAAUGUAAAUUAAGCCAGCUUUAUACCAUUCACCUUUUGCAUGGGCACAGUACAUGAGUUUUAAUUGAAUAGAACAUAAGCUCACGUUGAAUCUCUGAGCUUAUGCUCUCAGUUCCAACCCAAGAGACAAAACAAAUGAGCAAAGAGGGAAAAAAAGAAAAAAAAAAAAAAAAAAGAGAAAGGAAACAUUUGAAAAAGAAAGCAGAUUGUGGAAGAUGCCCCUGCCUCCUGAUUGAGUCUGGCUUUUUAUCCUGUACGUGCUUUUCUAAAUGAGAACCUUCAGCCGCUGUGAAUGAGCCUUUGGGAACAGAUGUGGCUUUCAGCCCAGUCUGCUGCUCUGUGUCCCUUUAAGAAAGCUGUGUGUUUAGGAGCACUGAGCCUUGGACAGAGGGAGGCAGUGGCUGGGCUGCAGCCUGAAGCCACUCUUUACUGUUGCAGAAUCAGCAGCAGCAACAGCUUUGGCAGAAUGUAUUUCUGCCUGCUCCCUUGAUAGUUUCACCCCCAUACAUUCCUUUGCCAGUGUAUGUACCUGUUCAGAUCCACACAGUUCUACAGAUUAACAGUGCUACCUGUAAAACAGACUGGAGAACUAUUUGGCUAACUAGAACAAAAAAAAAAAAAAUAAUUGUGACAUAACUACAAAGUCCUGCAGAACAGGAGCAAGCACCCUGGCUAUAAGGAGUUGUGGGGAUGGCUGUAAUGGUUAAAGCAUGCUAGUGGAAAACCACAGUUGUUUGCUCUGUGGUAGUGGGUAAUGACUGCCUCUUUGUAAAGAAUUAACACCUUAUGUCAUCUCUGGCCUCUUCCUGUGUUUAGUUCCCAUAUGAAAAAUGAGAUGAUGAUAACCUUGAGUAAGAAUGAUUCAAGUGCCAAACUGUCCUGCACAAUAGUGCUACUUAACUGCUACAAACAUUUGGCCCCACUGACUCCAGGCACGAUGCAAAGUUAAGCAUCCGGCUACGUUCUUCCCAAAAAGUGAAAUAUCUAAAUAAAUUUAAAGACUGCCUGGUGUUAUUGAUCUGCUCUCAGGGUUUAUGUGAAUGAAGCUUUUCCUGGGUGGCUUCUCUACUUGUACUGCAGUUUUGGAGACUGGGAAGCGCUCUGAGCUGAGAUGUGCCGAAGGAAGGAGGUAACUGGUGUCUCAGUGACUCCCUCCUAGCUCCUGGGUUCCGUGUGGACCAUGGGGUCACUUCAAACAGCCACCAGCAGCUAUAAAUGCUCUCGAGCUUCCUGCAGCCACAUAGCGAGUGUGGGUAAGUGCUUCUGUAAUAAAUCAAUCUCACUCCCGCUAAUAGCUUUUUGGCUGCUGUGUCUACAAACUGGUGCCUUCUCCAGGCAACUUCUACAUGCCCUCUGCAAAUUUGUCAGACUGACUGCUGGCUCUUAAAUAAUCAACCAAGCCUUGCUCUUGGGAUCAGAAUUUCUCUUCAGUACUGUUAUAAUCUGAAAGUUUGCAGCAAUUAGUGUUAAUACACAGUGUAAGAGAAAAUAAAAGGCUGUUCUCAGAUGUCCUGUAGAGCAAACAACCGAAACACGAGUGUGGGGAUGAGCCAGGAAGACUGGCAUUUUUCCCUGGCUGCAUGCAGUGUGGACAAGACAGUGCCUUGGAAGGGAAGGAGCAGAAAAGUUUGCCAUUGGCUCUGAUGAAUCUCAAUCCUGCUUCUACUGAAGUUGUUGGGAAUCCUCCCAUUAUCUUCAGUGUGAGCAAGAAAGGAUCUUAGGUGAGGAUGGAUGACUCUUUCCCUACUUGAAUGAAGUUUCUUGCCUAUUUAUGGGCCUGCUUCUAUUGAAACCGAGCCUGUUUUAGCCUUUUGGGUUCUUAGGGACCUGUUUGUAUAAAGCAACUUACCUACCUAUCUUUUUUUUUUUUUCUAUUGUGUGUAUUUUUUUGUAUGUUCUGUUGGAAGGUGAAGCCUCUGUAGAAGGGGAUGCAAAAACUGGUUUUUAAAUAGUAAUAAACCAAAAGAGAAUUAAA